CCCGCGGCAGCAGCAGCUGCCGCAGAAGUACAGGUGCCUCUGAGCGCUGCCCGCCGCCCUCCAGCCGGCGCUGUCCGAGCAGGCCCCACGCCCCUCUCCCGCCUCCCGCAGGCCUCCUUCCCGCCCUGCCAAAUGCAGGCCGCCGCCCUCCCUGAGGAGAUCCGUUGGCUCCUGGAAGAUGCUGAAGAUUUCCUGGCAGAAGGCUUGAGAAAUGAGAACCUCAGUGCUGGUGCAAGGGAGUGCAGAGACCAUAUUCUACGGGGCUUUCAGCAAAUCAAAGCUAGGUACUGUUGGGAUUUUCAGCCCCAAGGAGACCUUGGACAGGACAGCUCUGAUGAUAAUCACAGUGGGACUCAUGGCCUGUCUCUCACAUCAGAUACACCCUUUUCUUCAGAUUAUCACGAUGAGGGAAUGGAAGACGUCAUAAGAGGAGCUCAAGAACUUGAUAACAUCAUCAAGCAAGGAUACUUAGAGAAGAAAAGCAAAGAUCAUAGUUUCUUCGGCUCUGAGUGGCAGAAGCGAUGGUGUGUUGUCAGCAGAGGCUUCUUCUACUACUAUGCUAAUGAGAAAAGCAAGCAGCCCAAAGGGACCUUCCUCAUUAAGGGCUACAGUGUCCGGAUGGCCCCCCACCUACGAAGAGACUCCAAGAAAGAAGCCUGCUUUGAACUGACCUCCCAGGAUAGGCGCAGCUAUGAGUUUACAGCUACUAGUCCAGCUGAAGCCAGAGACUGGGUGGAUCAAAUAAGUUUCUUAUUAAAGGAUCUGAGCUCUUUAACCAUCCCAUGUGAAGAGGAGGAAGAGGAAGGAGAAGAGGAGGAGGAGAUGUAUGAUGAUAUUGAUGGUUUUGACUCUCCAAAUUCUGGUUCCCAGUGCAGACCCAUUCUCUUGCCUGGGAGUGUGGGGAUAAAAGAUCCUACAGAGGAGAAAGAAGAGGAUAUUUAUGAAGUCUUACCAGAUGAAGAGCACGAUCUGGAAGAGGAUGAACGUGGCACUCGGCAAAAAGGAGUGGACUAUGCCAGUUAUUACCAAGGACUAUGGGAUUGUUAUGGUGAACAGCCAGACGAACUGUCCUUCCAACGGGGUGACCUCAUUCGCAUUCUGAGCAAGGAGUAUAACAUGUACGGCUGGUGGGUAGGAGAACUGAACAGCCUCAUUGGAAUUGUCCCAAAGGAGUAUCUCACCUCUGCCUUUGAAAUGGAAGAAAGAUGAAUCCCAGGAAAUAUUCUUCUCUCUGUCCUGCCUUUAUGAAGAAACAGAUCCAUCCAGUGUUCCCAUUCCCUACUCUCACAUGGAUUCCUCUCUCCACUGAAGAAACCCAAGUCUCUCCAUCACCUCGAAGUGACUGUGAGCCACCAGUAAGACAACUGGGAAGAGGCAUGUUCAUCAGGACUGUUACUAAACCCGCCUGCUCAUGGCUCCUCCCAUCUCUAAACAAGCCCACACACCCACUUCUACCUUUGCCACAGGAUUGACACAAAGAGGACCAUAGAGAUAAACCCCUUGGGAGGAGGAAGUUGCUAGUUGUUUUGGCUGGCCUGAAAACCACAAAUAAACUUCAGAUUUGGUUCUUUGCCAA